AUGCCAUACCCCACCAAAAUGACCCCGACACCUCCUUCUACAAACUCGUCGAGUGCUGGCCACUCUCCAGAUUACAGAGUCGUCCGGAAACGAAACCGGGUACCUUUGUCAUGUGGGCCUUGUCGGCACAGAAAGCUGAAAUGCAAUCGUACAAAUCCUUGCGAAAACUGUAUCAAACGAGGGGAUGCUGCUUCAUGUAAUUAUGCGCAACCCAACUCGCGCAAGAAGAACCCCCAGCAGUCGUCCACUACACCUGAUGAUAUGCAAAACCGCAUCGAUCGCUUAGAAGGCUUGGUCCUUUCAUUGAUGACAAACGGCUCCCAGUCUGCGGGCCCGAAUGCUGCCAUGGCCGCGAUUUCAGGUGAAAGUAGUGCGGGCUCCACCCGAUUCUCCCAUGACCUCGACGCCGAAGAGGAGGGUAUGGAGGGCGCUGAAGAGAGCGACACGGACCAGGUGACAAAGUCAUUUGGCAUCAUGAAGAUGGACAAUAACAAGUCCUAUUACAUCAGUGACGCUCAUUGGGCGUCUGUAUUGAGUGAUAAGCAAAUGGAUGCGCAAAUUGAGAAAGUUAAAGCGUCCCAACCAGCUAGUGAUGCAUCAGGCUCGACUUUGUUGUUUGGUAUCAAUAAGCCAAUGAGCCGUGGGGAGAUCAUGACCGGUUUGCCUUCGAAGUAUACAACUGACAUUCUUAUUGCUCGCUAUUUCAAUUGCUACGACCCUGCAACCCAUGUUCUUCAUGGGCCGACAUUCCAAGCUCAGUAUAAUAAACAUUGGGAUGAUCCUAGCGCGACCGAACUCGUCUGGAUCGCCAUGCUCUUUGGAAUGAUGAGAUUAGCAAUGCUGUCUUACCACCGCGAAGGCGACGAGCCACCCGAAUUCCGGGGCAAGUCCUUGGACAUGGCUGGCGGAUUCCGAAAUUCUGUAGCACAGUGCUUGACCUUGGCUGACUACACGAAACCCCACCCCUUCUUGAUUGAGGCGCUUGUAUUUCACUUGCAUGGCGAUUUCACUCUGACGCGAGAGGCGGACAUCUCCAUCUGGGUCAUGACUGGCGUUGUUGCUCGCCUAGCAAUGCGAUCAGGAUAUCACCGUGACUCCAAAAUGUUCCCAAACAUCACACCUUUCCAGGGUGAGAUGCGACGUCGAGUGUGGACCUUUGUGCGCCAAGCCGACAUUCUAUUCUCAUACCAGGUCGGCUUGCCGGGCAUGAUCCGAGGUGCAGAUAGCGAUACUGAGCUGCCACGGAAUUUGUACGACGAUGAUUUCGAUGAAGAUUGCAAGGAGCUCCCGCCGCCACGUCAACUGAACGAGCCCACACCCAUCUCGUAUUUGAUUGCUAAGGCGCGCUUGUCGUAUGUAUUCGGUCGUGUGGUUGAACAAAGCUCUUCUGUCUCGUCCGUUCCAUACGAAAAAGUAAUGGAACUCGACGCAGAACUCCGACAGGCAAGGGACUUGAUCCCAGAGCACUUACAUAUUCGGCCUAUGGAGGAGUGCCAGUUGGAUCCUAUCAAUAUUAUCAUGUCGCGGUUUUCCGUAAUGGCUGUAUACGACAAAGCUCAGUGUGUGCUUCAUCGCCCGUAUCUGGUUCGCGCUCGAGAAAAUCCUCGUUUCACAUAUUCUCGGAGGACAUGUAUCGACUCCGCAAUGGAGUUAUUGCGGGUCCAGGCGCUUCUGCACGCGGAGACGCGCAACGGACGCCUCCGCAGUCGCCAGAGCCGAGUAACUUCCCUCACUUCAGCGGACUUCUUACUAGCAGGCACCAUUGUUACUCUCGACCUAUACCACGGCCUGUCAUUGCAGGUCAGCGGCCGGCCAUCUGGAGACACGUACACAUGGGGCCGAGAGCGGCGCGAUGAAAUGACCGCCGCGAUCCAACACUCGAAAGAAAUUUGGGACGAGUCGCGUGAUGAGAGCAUGGAAGCAUGGAAAGCAUCCACCGUUCUCGGUGUGAUGCUCAGCAAGCUACACAUGACCGUCCCAGGCCUUGAGAAUAGCGCCGGUGCUGCUUCGUUUGAGCCACAAGACGAGAAGCAGAACGCGGCCAUGACCCUCGGCCUGCUGAGCAGUGGAAUGAGCCCAAUGAACCCGGGCCAGCCGCCAUUCGCUGAUCCCAUGUUCAAGAUGGGAGAUUCGCCAAUGGGAACAGGAGCAGGUGGUGUGGGCGCCUCGGCCGAAAUGCCGGGUGCGCUUUCGCCCUUUAGCAGCAUGUUCGGGCAGAUGCCGGACAUUCAAGGUAACCUUGAUUGGGAUGCCUGGGACACAUACAUCCAGAACCCAACCCUCGACACAACAAAUCAGUUUUGGCCUAUGAUGGAUGCACAGCGCCAGGCAACCCCACAGUCUGGAGGCAUGUCACAGCCUCCAGUGUCUAGUCCUCUGGCCUCAGGGCGGGUGCCAUCAAUUAGUGGUGUUUCGCGGAUACCGACAAUGUACUCAGCAUCCUCCAACAGUCCCGACAGUGGAGGUGUGCCAGUGACAGGAUACGGCAUGACGCCAAUGCCUCAACAAAACGAUGUCACGUGUCGGGACUUAUCGGGGAAAACUUAUCUGGCUUCGCGAUUCUUCUCCAGUCAAUAUAUAAUUUUUAAUACAUGA